AUGAAUCAAGUAGCUCCUCGGACCACACCAACAGCAGCAGCAGCAGAUGAAGCGGCGUCAAUUGACAAUCAUGCUGCCAUUAGCAAGCCGUUUUUCAAGUCAACUCAACCUCGCUCCCAUCCUGCUAAUGCCAGUGUCAGCCAUGUUACCACCUCAGCAGAAAUCACUAAUCCAUCUGCCUCCAGCAUCAAUCUCAAGAGUGUGCCCAUACCACCACCAUUGCUGCUGAAACGGCCAUUGAGUCGCUCAUCCAUGUCCUCCAUGGACGACGAUCAUAGCAGUAAACAAAGUGGGUCGGCAGCCUCGUUACCGUCGCAAGUGCCUCCUCCAAUGGCUGGCACACUCAACAAGCCGAUUCCUAUCAAGAAGAAGUCCAUCUGGACGCAUGGAAACAGUGGCGAUGAGAUGACAUCUAGUCUGGGAAGUGAAUCUGACGCUGUAGGCAAUAAAAUAAAGACAUCACACGCAGUAUCAUCAUCCAUGGCAUCGCUUCGUUAUGCAAACAGCCCACCUGCUGGAAGUGGAGGGAAAUACAUGGUAAAGUCCAAGCGGUCAAGUUGGAUUGUUGACGCAGGAGUUGAAAGAGGAGGAGGGGGAGGAGGAAGCAUAGGAGUGCAGCCCACAGCAGCAACCAGUGAUACAAUCAACAGUACGCCUUCGACUCCUGUGAGCCUACCUGAAACCGUCAGAUUUUCAAGAAGUAGAAAGAGUUCCACCAUUGAUGAAAGAUCGAAGCUGAGAGAAAACAACUUUUUCUUUGACAAGCAUCACCGAGCAUCGUCGAUAUCGUCUAUAUUGACAGACAAUAUUAGCGUUUUAUCCGGCUCAGACGAGUACGAGUCUUGUCACGAUAAUGAUGAGUCUGUAACAUCGCCCGCUGGCAUCCAUAGACGCUCUUCAGGCUGUCUGCUUCGAAACAUGUCCAGUGCAGAAUUAACUGGUAUCCUCAAUGGGAAUAUACCCAAUCCCGUUUAUUCACACCCAUCUACCAUACCCGAGUACCAGCAGUCGAUACAGACUUUUCUCAAGCGACAGUUAUCUAAUUCAACCAUGAUAUCGCCUCGUUCGAUUCCUGAAGCAGAUAAAGACGUUGUUGAAAUUGAUUUGGACGAUUCAUUGUCUUGUCCGUACAGUAACGCAGUCGAUGCCCAUUCCAGAUACCAAUCACCGGUAUAUCCAGCCAUCUUUCUCAACGACAAUGAUAACGGCAAUGAUGAAAUAAACCCAAAGAAUAUGCAAGCAGCAGUAAACGAUAGGGAUACCAAUGUGGACAGUAUCUCUGUGCCUGAUGUGAAUGAGGACUAUUUCACUUGGGCAGCACAGCCUUCUCAAGAAUCUAAAAGUGUUCCUAUCCGCCGUCGCUCUCUCUCCAAGGCAACCAAAUCCGCCAACAAAGGUUCUUACGCCUACAAGUUACAAUCAUCACGCUUGGCUAAGAUUAGAAAAUGGUCACCUUAUCACCAUCACCAUCAUUAUCAACACACACGCCCAAAUUGGAUCAAUUGGAUGGAUGCCAGUGUUAUCGCUACAAAUGACAAGAUUGCGUCUUGGUGGAAUAGUAUUAUCCAGCAAUUAGAUAACGCUGAUUCAGUGCAACAACAACAACAACAACCUCCUCCUGCUGCUCCAUCAGAUAAAAAGCAGCACAAACAUCAUAUGUCACUUCAUUUACAUGACCUUCCAUAUCGAUUUCCUGCUUCUGCUUCUACAACAACUGAACCUGUUGUCAAUAACAACAGUAGCAGUACAGCGUGUAGUACGCCCACACGAUCCCACCAUGUUAGCGUAGGCUACAGAUUCAACCAUCCCAACAAGAAUCCAUUUCAACAUUUUGGCGAGAAUUACGAUUCCUUCACAUCGCCGCAUAGAAUACCCUCCAAUACCAAGCAGCAGAGCGCUUGCCCCAGACUCACCAUCAAGACCCGGUUGUACGCUGCCAAAGAAGCCUGUAAUCUGGAAUUGCGCAGAAUCAUUGAUGGACUCAACGAAUACGUGGAAAAAGGAUUGCUUUACCAGAAAGAAGAACAAGAAUUGUUAAACUGGGAUGCCUCCAUCAAGCAACAAUACACGAGUAGUACCAGUAAUGAGGAGGAGGAGGACAUGGUCGCCAUGAUAUCCGAAGACUCUUAUUUGCCAACGCCCUUUAUCCUGACACUACAAGACGUUAUUUGUUUAGCUCAAAGUGUUUUGGAUACUGAUUUGGAAAUUUUUUUGGAGAAUUCAGGUGCAUGUGCGGAUACUGUUUCAAGCAUCCAAGCAGUAGGCUUAAAGUGGGAGUAUCACAAGGAAUGGCCAUGCAGAGAGUGGUAUGUGAGGCUUCUUUUGAGUGUAGCAGCAUUGAAUCGAGUCGUUGAAUGGUGGCAAGCAGAACGCAGCUUUUGGUCCAGUGCCACCACGACUACUGCGACCGUCAUUCCUACGCCUACCACCACAUCCAACAGCACAACUACCACGGUAACUCCAUUGUUCAAGCCAGCAAUGCUGACAGAAGAAGCUGCGUCAUCUGUCUCUACACUGAGGACCAGAGACAACAGUGUCUUGUCCAGUACAUGCCAUCCCAACGAAGAUGAGACGUGUCAACUGCAAGAAGAAGCAGACAUUGGCCAGAGCAGAACCAUUGUGAUGGAGCUAUCCUUGACCUCCUCCAUCAUACAAUAUCUAAGUCCUGUCUGGCAUGAUGUGAUUGGCACAAGACCACAGUCGAUGAUAGGCCUGAGUAUAUCGCAGCUCCUGGAGCAUCAAGACAAGGAUGUCUUCUGUACAGCUACAGCAGAGAUGCUAGCAGACGACUCGAGAACAGUAGAACUGUUAUUCCAUGUCAUCAAUGAUCAAGACCCCAAGAAGCCUUUUGUGAUGGAGGGCAAAGGCAUGCUGAUGUACAACCAUGUUACAGGCGAGCCAAGCCAUACCAUGUGGGUCAUCAAGCUGUUGGAAAUGUCCAGGCGAUGGUCCACCCUCAUUGAUCAAGUUACUAGUGCGCCCGUGUCUGAUCUACUACCUCUGGAAAAACCGCCCUUUCUGUCCGAGAAAAAGAUGCCAUCCUUCUCUGUCAUAGAAAGCAUCAAAACAGUAGCCAUGAGAAGAGCCAUAUCACAGGGUGGGACACUUGUAUCUCAAAAUAUCGAUUCCACUAGCCAUCUCCUCACGCUGUCUCCCGCGCUGUGCAAUAUAUGCGAAAGAUGGGUGGUAGCAGCCUUCUUUGAGCAACACGCCGAGCUGUGUGCAGAGAUUCAUCGUGCUGAGAUGGACGUGGUGACAUGUAACGACAGCCUUACCGAGUUGAGACACUAUGUGCAAGGCCUGUGUGAUCUGACAAGCUCAGAGGUGCAAGAACUAGAGAGUAACCCUGAAUCGCACUUGCUGCAUCAAGUAGAUACUAUAUUUGAAGACGACGAAAACGAUGCUGCCAGCAUUAACAGUGAAAAAGACUCUAUCUUUGGUGAAUCAUUGCCUUUGGAAGAAGACAAGGUAUCUCCCUUGGAGAGAAAGCGAUCAGAGCUAGAGAAGUACAUGUGUUUGCUAGACAUUAUGAACACUGCGCUAUCUAUCGCUACACCUGGCAGCGAUGAUAUAGCAACAGACGAGGAGGCUACCACUGAUGCACAUGGUCCACACUCACCGCGCUUGAAACAGUCUUCUGUGUCCAAAGCAAAGAUCAUUCAAAUUUUGUAUUGGCGUGCACCACAAGCUGAUGAUGCUGACACAGAAUCACUGAUUCAUGACAUUGAAGUCAUUAUCAAGUCCAAAGUGGAUUCAGUGAACCGAAUGCAGGACUGUCUUGAGUAUAACGAACGCACAAGAAAGAGCUUUCAAAUGAAUAUCGUGUGUGAUAGUGAAUGGUCUGAAUUCGUUGUGUCUCCACAAGAUGAAAACAAGCUGCAAGAAACGGAGGUACCCGAAGCAGCAGCGAGAGAGAUCCAGCAACAAUCAGAAGCGCCUCCAGCUGCCGAGCAGAGCAGCCAACAGCGCAUUCCUCCUCCACCACCGCCAACGUCAGCAGCAAAGAAGCCAACUGAAGACGAAGACAAGGGCAAUGUCAACCGCAAAAAGAGCAUUUUCAAAAAGAUUAAAGACUGGAAAUCCAAAGGAAGACGUUGCAGUAGCAAGCAAUCUAAGCGAACCUCCAAGCGCAGGCAAAACAACAGCAACAGCAGUGCCAGCACCUCGGGCCAUAUACCACCACCAGUAUCCACAAACACCACAACGGCUACUUUUUCAGCACAUCACUCGUCCAUCAACAGCACGCGCAUCCUGGAAAUGGAGGUAAUUGAUACACCAAUGGCAUCUCCCAAGUUCCCACCUUUGACAGGCUCUGCUGUAGUACCUCCACUCAGAAGAAGCAGCCUCACACAUCAACAACAGCAGCGAAUACAGCAACAAUCCUCGGGCGCUACAACACCAGCACUUAUCAAGUCGCCAUUAUCACCUCUACCUGCUGCCGUGUCGACCACAAGACCAGUGCCACCAAGCAUCAAGGACUUUGAUAUCAUCAAACCCAUCAGUAAAGGAGCAUUUGGCUCUGUCUUUCUAGCAAAAAAGCGAGUAACAGGAGACUAUUACGCUAUCAAGUUCCUUAAAAAGUCGGAUAUGAUUGCAAAGAACCAAGUAACCAAUGUCAAGGCAGAGCGUAUGAUACUGAUGACCCAGACAGAUAGCCCAUUUGUCACCAAACUGUAUUACACAUUCCAGUCGAAAGAUUACCUGUAUCUAGUCAUGGAGUACUUGAAUGGUGGCGACUGCUCGUCACUGAUCAAAGUGCUUGGUACUUUGCCCUGUGAUUGGGCUCGCAAUUACCUGGCUGAAGUGACAUUGGGGUUGAGCUAUCUUCAUGAAAGACACAUUAUUCAUAGAGAUCUGAAGCCUGAUAAUCUACUGAUUGACCAGAAUGGACAUUUGAAAUUGACUGACUUCGGCCUGUCUCGGAUUGGGUUCCUUGACCGUCGUGUGCGAGAUGAAUUAAGCCGUGGACCCUUCUCUCUACUACCAUCCUCACCGGCGCCGUCUCGAUCAGGGACACCUCCUCAGUCCCCAUCAGCAAACACUACGAUGCCCUUAUCCAAUGGCAGCAAUGGAAAGCUCUACAAGCAUUCGUACUUUAGCUUGCUAUUUGACGGCAAAAAGAACAAUCGAGGCUCACAUGCCAGCUCUGCUUCUGGUGAAGGUGGUGAAACUAUCAAUGGCGGAAAUCAACCCUCCUCAUCCACGACAUCCUUUGUACAUAAUGGAGAAACAAUCAACGCUCCUUUGAACUUGCACGACGAUUUGAACCCUACCAGCAGCAGCAGUAGCAAUAGUAUCGCAACUUCGACUGCUUCCACUCGACCACAUCGUCAACGCACAAGCUCUGGCUUGCUUUCCUCCGGACUAAUCACUCCUGUCGCAUUUGUGCAUGGGGCAACCGCUGCAGCAGACAUGAGCAAUACCCACAGCGCUGACAAUGGAGCAGGCGAUGGCAGACAACAACAGCAAGAACAGGCCGUAGGUACACCUGAUUACCUCGCUCCCGAAAGCAUACUGGGUACUGGGCAAGACUCAAUGGUGGACUGGUGGGCUCUCGGUGUCAUUUGCUACGAGUUCUUGUAUGGUUAUCCUCCAUUCCACGCAGAGACACCAGAUAAAGUGUUUGAGAACAUACUUUCCAGAAACAUUGAUUGGCACAAGGACGACAUUAAGCUGCCUGACGAAGCGUACGACUUUAUGGAAAGACUACUGACUCUGGAUCCAGAACAACGACUUGGUCGCAAUGGCCCGGAAGAGGUUCGAGAGCAUCCUUUCUUCAAGGACUUGGACUGGGACACAUUGCUCAGUGAAUCACCCUCGUUUGUACCGCAGCCCAUGAACGAGGAGGACACGGACUAUUUUGAUGCUAGAGGUGCCACUAUGAUGAUGGAACAACAAGAUAAUGUGCAGAACUUGGUGCUGGAAGAAAUCAAAAGAGCGCAAGCGAUCAUCAACCAACAGGAUCCCGAUGAAAUUGCGCUUGUGGAUGGCAAUUCGACACAAACAGCCGAAGCAGCUAAUGAAAAGCCUAGCGAGGUCUCCUUUGAUGAUGUUGAUUUUGGCACCUUUGUAUACAAGAAUCUGCCCGUGCUGGAGAAAGCAAAUGAAGACGCUAUUCGAAAGAUUCGUCACGAACGCAUUGUCGCCAACACAUCGUCGUCAUCAUCAUCUUUGGCUUCUAUGGAAAGAAUGCAUUUCAGGUCUCUUCCUGCUAUUUCACGAAGAAAACGAAGCUCAAUUGCAGAGACAGUGCACUUGAGAAACGGUAGUAACAGUAGCACAGGCAGCAACCAUAGCACCACAUCGUCUCUUCCACCAUUGUCAAUGAUCAAGACCAACACGAGCGCAUCCACAUCAUUACCAUGUACACCUCCACUGGCUUUGUCACCGUCUUCAUCAGCAAAGGCGACAAGUGAUGUUGUGUUUCCAAAUACAAGUACUACACCGACUCAUCGUAGAUCAGUAGACAUAUUUCAGGCUCCUGUCAGUCAUGCAGAGAAACUGAAGAUGGCAGAGGACGCGACACCCAAUCGAGUACGAUCUGUAUCUUCACCUGGCAAUCGAGUGGCAAUUUUAGCGGCAGCAGCAGCCGCCGCAGCAGCAACAGCAUCUGUAGGUUCACCAUCCACCGCCUAUCAAGGCUGUCCUCACGCACCUCCUCCGCCCAUCUCUACUUCGCCUACGUCGACUGCUUCACAUCAUGAUGGCAGCAGUACUAAUAGCAGUUGCACAAACAGCCCCUUAAUCAACAAAUUACAUCGACACAAUAUGUCCUUACCACUCCAAAUAUCGGCUACAGCCCAUCCACUCGAUACAGAAACUUCAUCUCCAUUAUCUGCAAACACCCAAGCUGCUGCAACAACGAGAACGAUAAACUGCUUGAUCGCGGAUGAUAAUCCUAUCAGUUGCAAAAUAUUAGAGACCAUUUUACAUUUGCUGCAGUGUCGUUGUGUGGUUGUUCGCAAUGGUGCUCAAGCUAUUCGGUGUGCUAUGGGAGACAAGGUGCAAUUUGACUUUAUUUUCAUGGAUAUUCGAAUGCCUAUCAUCGAUGGAGAGGCUGCCGCAAGGAUGAUCAAAUCGACAAACAACAUUAACAGAAACACUCCCAUCAUUGCCGUCACUGCAUAUGAGCGAACCCUUCAAUUAGCGAGCGUGUUUGAUGACAUAUUGUGUAAGCCAGUGACAAAAGAGAUUGUUUCUAGAUGCAUUCGCCACUUGAGUGAAUUGCAAACCAACAGCAACAACACAAUCCACUGGUCAUCAAGCAGUGCUUCCACUCAUCAGCCUCAACAUCUAACCGAAGCUAUAUUUCCUUUAUCCACGUCUUCUUCGCCAGUAAAUGCAAAGGACACAUUAGCAUACCCACAUCAGCAUCAGAAUCAUCAAUCAUUUAUAUCACCAUCACCCCCAUCUACAUCCCAUCAUCCGUCACAUUCUGUUUCAAUCAAAAGACUAUCAGAUGCCCCGUCGACACCUCUCGCCUUGGAUUGA